AAAGAGGCAGAUAUACUUCGAAAGAGUUUGGAUUUAUUGAUCAAGAAGGGUUGCUCAGAAAACCUCAAGAAAGGUGCUACAUGGUUAAAUCAAAGCUUUGAAGAAAAAAAGAUAAAACUCAUACAACUACAAUGGAAAUCUUCUUGUUUCCCACUUUAUGGUCUUCUUGUCCGUUGUGGUCUGCCAGAAGCAAAACGAUGCAUUAUCAUUAUAAAUAAUAAGACACAAGAAUUGAUGGUAAUAGAUAAAGCAGAAAAUGAAAUUGAGAAAAUUGGCCAAUCAGCCAGUGAUUGGCUUGAAAAUGCUGACAACUUUAGAGCAGAAUCUGAUGAUGAGGUGGAGACUACUGAUCCAUCUCCUUC